AUGGGGACUCUGUGCCCCACUUCAGCACUACAUGAUCCUAGCACCAGAGGCCAGCAGCGGAUGUCAGAUUACACCCAGACAUUUGUGGUGGUGGCCAGUGUGCCGGUGGGCCGGCAGGUAGGCGGUGGCCUGGUGGGCCUGCAAGGCAGAAGACUGGCAGGGCCAAGGCCUGGUGGGUCCAUGGGUUGGAGGCCUGGUAGGCUGAUGAGCAGCAGCCUGGCUGUUCUGCGGGGCAGAGGACUGGUGGGCCAACAAGCAGCAGGCUGGCAGGCCUGCAGGGCGGUGGCCCAGAUGGCCCAUGGGAUGGAGACCUGUUGGGUCCUGGGGUGGAGUACUUGCAGGCUGGUGAGCGGUGGUCUGGCUGUUCUGCAUGACAAAGGCCUGGCUGUUCUGCUGGGCAGAGGCCUGGUGGGCUGGAUAUCAGGAGCCUCAAAGGAGGGCUUGGGACCCCAGGGUCUGCCAGUGUUAGGCAAAGCUUGCUUAACCACCAUGGACAAAAAGCCUAAUGUGCUGAGUGAGAAGGUGGAUAAACCCUUGCAUUUCCAAGAAAAUGUCAUGGAGAAACUGUAGUGUGUGUGCCAAGGCAUGGGCCAUCUGGAGCAAGGUCUGUACUGGCUGAAGGCCUUCCAAGGGUUGGGUCCAGCUAGGGCUGACAGUACUCCUCCAGCUGACACUCAGGCUGCGUGGCCUGAGGUCCUAGAGCUGGUGAGGGCCAUCCAACAAGAUGGUGCCCAGUAUAGCGCCAGACUUGAAGCCCUCUUCAGAAUGGUGGUGACUAUGGACAGGGCCAUGGCUUUUGUGGGAGCUGUGUUCCAGAACUCAAAGGUGGUAGAUUUCAUCAUGCAAAGGAAUGUCCCCUGGAGGAAAGGCAGCCUGGCAGAGGACCCCGAAGAGAACAGAGAGCAAGUGGAAGAGAAGGGAGCAAAACUGAAGCAUGAGCUGAGCACCCGAGGCGUGAGGGCAGACAUCAGGGGGCUGUGGGAAGAGAGCCAGAAGGCUGACCUGCCAGAGGGGACAGUGGAGAGGCCACCCCUCAUCACUUCAGGGAUGAGAGCUGACCUCCUCAUUCAGACAGAGGCCUCGCCAGAGCAGGGAGAUGGAGGUCCUAGUCUGAAUCAGGUGCCCCUUGGACACCUGCUGCUGCCCACACAAGUGGAAGCCAAAGCUCCUGAAAUAUCCAGUAAAGACCCUAGGACUGGCCUGGAAUCAUCUGCAGCACCCGACAGGGUCAGUGAGGCCCUCACCAGCCAGGAGGUGGCACCCACUGCAGGACAAGGAAUAUCGUCCAGCAAGCCUGACACUCAGGCCCCAGAAGAGGGCAUGAGGCUCACUUCAGGGUCCAGCCCUCAGCUUCCAGGGCCACCAACCCUGGCCAGGGCAGCUCACCAUGGCAGAGAAACACUUCCACGGAUCUCCAUCCAUGUGCAAGAGAUGCAUACACAUGAGGAGCUACUUGUGACACCAGGGGGCAGAUUCAGACCCACCCUCCCUGCAGAGCCUGCAGUAGCUGCCCAUCCAGGUGAGCAGGACCCACCUGGGCCCAGGUGCUACUCUGAAGCCCCCAGGGAUGAGUUGGCAGAACAGACUCCCAAAGAAGCUGGAAAGCUUCCCACACUGCAGAAGAGCAACAGUGGGGGAGCAGAGGAGAGUCAAGGGCCUGGGACCAAGUCCAUCGUGGGACAAAGCUUGGCAAGAAGGGAUGAGGAAGAUGAUGCUUCUGGGGCUCCAGGCCUACAGAAGGACAAAGGCCUAGCAGCAGAACACUCUGAGUCAGGGAAGGACUGUGCAGCCGGGGGCUCAGGGAGAGCCAAAGCAGAAGGAAGGAUGUACCCAGGUGCCGAGGCCAGCAGCAUAGUUCUGGAUGACAGCCCAGCCCCAUCGGCUCCUUUUGAACAUCGGGUGGUGAGUGCCAAGGAGAUGUCCAUCUUGGCGGGCUACACAGUAUGCCAACAUGAAGUCUUGGGAGGGGGCCGGUUUGGCCAGGUCCACAGGUGCACAGAGAACUCCACAGGCCUCCCACUGGCAGCUAAGAUCAUCAAAGUGAAGAGUGCCAAGGAUCGGGAGGAUGUGAAGAAUGAGAUCAACAUCAUGAAUCAGCUCAGCCAUGUGAACCUGAUCCAGCUCUAUGAUGCCUUUGAGAGCAAGAACAGCUUCUCUCUCAUCAUGGAGUAUGUGGAUGGGGGUGAGCUCUUCGACCGCAUCACAGAUGAGAAAUGCCAUCUGACUGAACUGGAUGUGGUCUUGUUCACCAGGCAGAUUUGCACGGGUGUACUUUACCUCCACCAGCACUACAUCCUGCACCUGGACCUCAAGCCAGAGAACAUUCUGUGUGUCAGUCAGACAGGACACCAAAUUAAGAUCAUUGACUUUGGGCUGGCCAGAAGGUACAAGCCUCGGGAAAAGCUGAAGGUGAACUUUGGUACACCUGAGUUCCUGGCCCCAGAAGUCGUCAACUAUGAAUUUGUCUCAUUCCCCACAGACAUGUGGAGUGUGGGAGUCAUCACCUACAUGCUGCUCAGUGGUUUGUCCCCAUUUCUUGGGGAAACAGAUGCAGAGACCAUGAAUUUCAUCGUGAACUGUACCUGGGAUUUUGAUGCUGACACCUUUGAAGGACUGUCAGAGGAGGCCAAGGACUUUGUUUCCCAGUUGCUGGUCAAAGAGAAGAGCUGCAGAAUGAGUGCCACACAGUGCUUGAAACAUGAGUGGUUGAAUAAUUUGCCUGCCAAAGCCUCAAAAUCCAAAGUUCGUCUCAAAUCCCAACUGUUGCUGCAGAAAUAUAUGGCCCAGAGAAAAUGGAAGAAACAUUUCUAUGUGGUGACUGCUGCCAACAGGUUAAGGAAAUUUCCAACUUGUCCUUAGUAUUCAACUCUGCUGCUCCAGUGGGCUCAGGAAUUACUGAGGCCAGUGAUGAUGAAGAGAUGACUCAUGAUUUUAAAUAACCUGGCAUUUUACUCUUGAUUCCUUUUAUUUUGUUAAAAAAACAAAAAGGUUAUGUUUGUUGCCUUUCUUGUGGAUAUAAAGUGGCUAUAA